AUGGGCAGUGUGCUGGCCUUGUCAUCUCGCCCAGGGCGUCAGAACUCCCCCUUCCCCCAGGACAGGCCCCUCUCGCGCUGGGACAAGAGGGAUGGACGGCUCCCAAACCCAGGCAGUUUCGAUGGCCUCCACCGUAACUGCAAAGAUGUGUUUCCACAGCAGAUUGAAGGAGUAAAAAUGAUCGUAAACAAAACACUCAGCAGCUUUUUCAAGGUCAGCCAUACGUUUCACCUCAGUGCUGUUGCACCAUCAAAUUACCGCUUCCACGUUGAGUACCUGCAGUCAGACACUGACAGUAAAGAAACAAGCUCACCUAUGCUCAUUGGGGAAAUGGACUCUUCUGGCAGCCUGAACGCGCACUCUCUGUUCCACCUGAGUGAGAGAAUAAGAGCCAAAGCAGUAUUUCAGACUCAGCAGUCCCAGUUUGUCACGUGGCAGUUUGAGACGGAGUACAGGGGCAGUGACUUUACAGCAGCUGUCACUAUGGCCAACCCCGACAUUCUUAGAGAAUCAGUUAUCAUGGUGGCGCACUUCCUCCAGAGUGUCUCUCCACAGCUGGUUCUUGGGGGGGAGUUGGUGUACCACCGAGGACGAGCUGAAGAAGGUGGUAUCCUCACCCUAGCUGGCCAGUACUCAGGGCCCAACUGGGUGGCCACAGUAAAUGCAGGUAAAGGAGGUGCCCAUGCAAGCUAUUAUCAUAGAGCCAACAAGCAGAUCCAGGUCGGAGUGGAGUUUGAGGCCAGCACCAGAACCCAGGAGACCACAUUCUCCUUCGGUUACCAAAUGGAAUUACCUGAAGCCAAUAUGAUCUUCAGAGGUAUGUUGGACAGCCGGUGCAUCAUUGGAGGCGUUCUUGAAAAGCGCCUCUGUCCGCUUCCUGCUACCUUAAUCAUGGGCGCCUUCGUCAACCAUCGAGGAGACAAGCUGCAGGUGGGCCUGGGGGUGAACGUGGGCUAAAUAACAGCAUCUGACCACGUGGACGCUCCUGUGCUGUGUCAGAACGUUCCUCCAGAAACCCCCUCUCAGGUCUGUCCAGAGACAUGGGCGCAUCACAGAUUAUUGCUAAAUCUAAGCCCUAUUGGCCCUUCUGGACUUCUAUAUCUUUUCUUGGCAUGCGGGAACAGAAGGAACGUUUCCAUUCCCAGUGGAGAAACAGCAGCAAUCCAAACACUUCCAUGUUGGUGCUGACCUUGAUUAUGAUUGACAGUUUUGUCACUCACACCUUGAAGACUUCUUGAGUUCAGUGACCCUGAAACACACUGAACAGUGACUUUCUGAAACACACUAAGAGAAUAUUUAUGGACCUUUUGGGGGAACAAGAAGAACCACAUAAUACAUGCAUAUUUUUCCCAUGUAGCUUUGGUAGUUUUGAACUAGAUCUGGACCAAAAGAAGAAGGUUCCACAUUUGGUCUUGGACUAAAUA